UUCAAGCAAUAUCCCAAUUAAACGUAUCCAGCAAAAUUUGCUCUUUCCAAGGUACACAAGGGUAAUUUCGUAAAACCAGCAUCCUCAUCAUCUUCUUCUUCUUUCUUUUCUGCUCAUUUCUCCCACUUCACAGCCGCACACACACACUUCAAUGGCGUCUGUCGAUCACCAUAUGCACGACCACGACCACGACGACCACCAUCACAAGGAGGAAUCGUGGAUUGGUCCGGACGGGAAGGUGUACCACAGCCACGAUGGACUGGCGCCGCACUCGCACGACCCAAUUGAAUCCCCCGGCUACUUCACCAGACGAGCACCGCCGCUCCUUAAUCGCGAUUUCAACGAGAGAGCCUUCACCGUCGGUAUCGGCGGCCCCGUCGGCACCGGGAAGACGGCGUUGAUGUUAGCUUUGUGUCAAUUUCUGAGGGAAAAGUACAGUCUUGCAGCUGUGACGAACGAUAUAUUCACAAAAGAAGAUGGUGAGUUCUUGAUAAAGCACGGAGCUCUUGCGGAGGAAAGGAUCCGUGCUGUAGAAACUGGUGGGUGCCCGCAUGCAGCUAUUAGAGAAGACAUCAGCAUAAAUUUGGGGCCUCUUGAGGAGCUCUCCAAUUUGUACAAAGCAGAUAUACUCCUUUGUGAAUCUGGUGGAGACAAUCUGGCUGCCAACUUCAGCCGAGAACUGGCUGAUUAUAUAAUCUAUAUAAUUGAUGUAUCUGCUGGUGAUAAAAUUCCUCGGAAAGGAGGUCCGGGCAUUACUCAAGCUGACCUCCUAGUGAUCAACAAAACUGACAUUGCAGCUGCAGUCGGAGCCGAUUUGUCAGUCAUGGAACGUGAUUCACUCCGAAUGAGGGAUGGUGGUCCGUUUGUUUUUGCUCAGGUGAAGCAUGGUGUUGGAGUGAAGGAAAUUGUGGAACACAUUUUAGGAGGUUGGGAAGCAGCAACGGGAAAGAAACGUCGUUAGUUUCGUCGUUGGUGGCUCUUCUGUGUUGUGUGAUUUCUGUUUCUGUCUCUUUUCUUGCUUGUUUUAGAAACCUUGAGACCUCUCGACACCACUUACCUUGUAAUAUGACUAUGUUUUGCCUUCUCUUUUGAACUGCGGUUGCAAUAAAAGAUAGGAAAAUUAUUUUGGAA